UUUGUCCGUUUCCAAAUAUAUAUGUAUCUUGUUUACAUUUUUCUAGCAUAAUAUGAAAUAUGGGUUUUGUUGACAAAAUCAGUAAUAUCUUAACAUCAUGGAGGGGCCAAAAAAGAAAAAGAGAAGCAGACGAUGAUGGUCAAGCACCUGCAAAACAAAUUUGUACAUAUGUCCUGACACCACAAGAAAAACAUCGAAAUGGUGAUGUCUUAAAUACGAGAACACAUAAUGAAGUUUACAUUUUUGAGGAAGUAGUCAAAACAACAGAAUGUCGAAGAUUCGAGUUUAAAGCAGGUGGAGUUCUGUUUGGUGGUGAUAAUUUGAAUCAGCUGAUUCGAAAAUAUGCAUCUGCAUUCUUCAAUUCUGAAGGUGGCGUACUUCUUGCUGGUGUUAACGAUGAUGGUGUGGUGAAGGGUGUUACCAUAAGUGGUUACGAUAAGGAGUCGAUAUGGAACACAACAUAUAAAGAACUGUCUUCGUUUAGGCCAAAAAUUCCGUCUUCUUUGUGGAAUAUUGAAUUUAUCCCAGUGACGUUUAGAAAUAACAGAAGACCAAUUUUUAACCGAUCAGAUCGAUACGUAGUUGAGUUUUCUUUUAAAAAAGGCAGCGAUGAAGAAAUUUACGAAACUGGUCUCCACGAGGUAUUCUUACGACGUGAUGGCGGUGUACAAGGUCCCAUAAGACCUCUUGAUAUAAAAAAUUUAGUUAUCUCUAAAUAUAACAAGACGUUGGCACAGAGGAAAAUCGAAAAAGAGGAGGUGGAAAGUAAAAAAGAGAAAUUGAAAACAAAGGGUAUUAAUUAUAUUGUGAUAGAUUAAAAUUUUUAUAUCUAUUAUGUAGUAUGUUUGUUUCUGUUAGUUUUAUUUCAGCAUCCAUGCUUUAUUUCAGCAAUUUUUUGUUAUUUUUCAAUACAUACUUAUAUUCUGAGUUUAAAGUAAAAGCAAUUUUAAAAGCAGCAUGCCCUCCCACCCGUUAAACCCACCUCGCCCGUCCAACUCACCCCUUAAACUCCUCUUUUACUACCAACCCUUAUUGAAAUCUACUUUCCUAAAACUAAACCUAAAUAUCUAUUUCGUCGCUGUUGCUGUUCCGUCUUUUGCAAGUUUAUAAUUUGUAUGUACCUUUUUAUUAACGUAUUUUUCUAAACGCCCUUUCUUUAUUUUCAUGGGGCGUGUGAUCGGCGUCCUGGAUUUUUCUAUAUCGGGCAUUCUUUACUUGUGAAGUUUUGUAAAUAUUUGUAGAUAUUUUUGUUAAUAUUGACGCAGUGUUAUAUAUUGUAUAAUAAAUAUGCUCACUUUGGA